CCUCUAAUCCACAUUCCGCACUCGAGGCUGUCAAAGCUGAAUUUCGUCGAAGAGGAUUUCUCUUCAAUCUCGGAAGUGGGAAAUACACGACACUCGUGGAAAAAUGCAGAGCUUGAAAGGGCUCUUACUCAAGAAGCGUUCCCUUGGAAUUCCUAGAUUUCUUCCCCAUUACAGAAACCUCUGCACUCAUACCAUUAACCCAGAUGAUGACGACGAACUUCAACUUCAAAAUCCAGUGCUAGUCGAAGGCAAAGCUCAUUGUCGAACAGCUAUUCUCAACAGACCCUCCGCCCUCAAUGCUCUUACAACUUCAAUGGGAGCGCGUUUGAAAAAACUGUAUGAAUCCUGGGAAGGAAAUCCUGAUAUUGGUUUUGUCGUGAUGAAGGGCAGUGGCAGCAAGGCUUUUUGUGCUGGUGGAGAUGUCGUUUCUCUCUAUCGAUUACGAAAUGAAGGGAAGAUGGAAGAAAUUAAAGAAUUUUUCAGGAAACUAUACAGUUUUAUGUACCUUGUGGGCACAUAUUUGAAGCCACAUGUGGCUAUUCUAAAUGGUAUUACCAUGGGGGGUGGGGCAGGGGUUUCAAUUCCAGGGACAUUCCGUGUUGCAACUGAGAAGACUGUUUUUGCCACACCAGAAACUAUAAUUGGUUUCCAUCCUGAUGCUGGGGCAUCCUUUUACCUUUCACAUUUACCUGGCCACAUAGGGGAAUACUUGGCUCUAACAGGAGAGAAGCUGAAUGGGGCAGAGAUGCUUGCUUGUGGGCUUGCCACACACUAUUCACUGAGUGCAAGGCUUCCUUUGAUUGAAGAACGACUUGGUACAUUAGUUACAGAUGAUCCUUCUGUAAUAGAAUCUUCUCUUGAGCACUAUUGUGACCUUGUCUAUCCGGACAAGAAGAGUGUUUUUCACAGGAUUGAUACAAUUGAUAAAUGUUUUGGCCAUGAUACAGUUGAAGAAAUUAUUGAUGCCUUGGAAAGCGAGGCAACCCGAUCAAACAAUGAGUGGUGUAGUUCGGCACUCAAGAAACUAAAGGAGGCCUCACCUUUGAGCUUGAAGGUCUCUUUAAGAUCUAUACGAGAAGGUAGAUUCCAGACUCAUGAUCAGUGCCUGAUUCGUGAGUAUCGAAUGUCUCUUCAAGGGAUAUUCAGACAGGCCUCCAAUAAUUUCUGUGAGGGUGUCCGGGCACGAUUGGUGGACAAGGACCUUGCACCAAAGUUUGAUCCUCCAAGUUUGAAUCAAGUAUCUAAAGACAUGGUGGAUAGCUACUUUUUGCCACUUAGCGAGUUAGAGCCUGACCUCGAGUUACCUACAAAACUCCGAGAAGCAUUUACCUGAUUGGAGAUUUAUCCAACAGUUUUCAUUUUACACAACUAGCAUUUGGCAAAUUGAAGAAACAAUUUACCUUUAGAAUACCUGCCAUAUGGAUGUGGUGCUUCUUUCAACAAUUCAUCCUGCUGCUGAUUAUUUGUUCCAGAAGACUGAUGGAUGUUUUCAUUGAUAGGCACUGAGAGUUGAUUUACAAUUGCAGCCCAACUUCAUGAUUUGGGAUACUCCCACAUUUUUUAGUAGCAACAUGUUCUAUUUGUUUAUUGAUUGCCAUUUCUAAACAUUUCGUUGUACUUCUUGAAUGUGCAAUGGAACUUAUGGUGAAAUUGAACACUC